GAAUCACCCAUCGGAUCUGAUGUUUUCUUCGAUCCAGCUUCUUCCCACACCCGUAACCCUUAAAAACAAACAACUCCUCGGAUCCUCCGGUUGUAGCACAGAUUCUUCUGAAAGCCCUUUUCUUUUAUAAACAAAGGAGAGAGUCUUUUGGGUGUUGUUGGUGUGAUGGAUGAAUCAAACGAGAUCAUCCUGCAGAAAUCAAAGAGGCUGACAUCUGUCGUGUGGAACUACUUCGAGAGGGUGAGAAAGGCUGAUGUCUGCUACGCCGUUUGCAUCCAGUGCAACAAGAAGCUCAGCGGUUCCAGCAACAGCGGGACGACUCACCUCCGUAACCAUCUCAUGCGUUGUCUCAAAAGAACCAACCACGACAUGUCUCAGCUUCUGACUCCCAAGAGAAGAAAGAAGGAGAAUCCAGUGACUGUCGCCACUAUCGGUUUCGACGAGAGUGAGCCUAAGGACGGUUACAUUAGGCCUAAGUUUGAUCAGGAGCAACGUAGAGGGGAUGAGGUUGUUCUGAGCCGAGGAGGAAGCGGAGGAGGAGUAGGAGGAGGGAGGUUUAGUCAAGAAAGGAGCCUGGUCGAUCUUGCACGUAUGAUUAUAUUGCAUGGCUAUCCGUUAUCUAUGGUUGAUCACGUCGGCUUCAAAGUGUUCGCUAGGAAUCUCCAGCCGUUGUUUGAACCUGUGGGUAACAGCACUAUUGAGGAAACGUGUAUGGAGAUUUACAUCAGAGAGAAGCAGAGAGUGCAGCAUGCUCUGAGUAAUCUAUACGGUAAGAUCAAUCUCUCCGUGGAGAUGUGGUCUUCUAAAGACAAUGCUAACUACGUGUGUUUGGCCUCUCACUACAUCGAUGAGGAGUGGAGACUCCAGAGGAAUGUUCUCAACUUCAUCACGUUGGAUCCUUCUCACACGGAUGACAUGCUCUCUGAAGUAAUCAUCAGGUGUUUGAUGGAGUGGAGUCUCGAAACUAAGCUUUUCGCCGUUACGUUUGAUAGUUUCUCUGUUAAUGAUGAGAUUGUCAUGAGGAUUAAAGACCACAUGGCUCAGAGCAGCCAGGUCUUGAUCAACGGGCAGUUGUUCGAGCUGAGGUCCGCCGCUCAUCUUCUCAACGCUAUCGUCCAAGACUGCUUAGAAGCUAUGAGAGAUGUGAUCCAGAAGAUACGUGGAAGCGUCAGGUACGUCAAGAGCUCGCAGUCUACGCAAGCGAGGUUCAGCGAGAUCGCUCAGCUCGCGGGGAUCAACUCCGAGAAGAUCUUGGUUCUUGAUUCUCUCGAUAUAUGGAACUCCACUUACGAGAUGCUUGAAACCGUGCUCGAGUACAAGGGCGCGUUCUGCCAUCUGCGUGAUCACGACCAAGAGUUUGAUUCCUCCCUAACCGACGAGGAGUGGGAGUUGACAAGAUCCGUCACCAGCUAUCUGAAGCUCGUGUUCGAGAUAACCGCUGAUUUUUCAGGAAACAAGUGUCCAACAGCGAAUGUAUACUUCGCUGAGAUGUGUGACAUCCACAUCCAGCUGAUCGAGUGGUGCAAGAACCAGGACGGUUUCUUGAGCUCUCUAGCAGCGAAGAUGAAAGUUAAGUUCGAUGAGUAUUGGAACAAGUGCAGCCUCGUGCUAGCGAUCGCGGCUAUUUUAGAUCCAAGGUUCAAGAUGAAGCUGGUGGAGUAUUACUACUCCAAAAUCUACGGGAGCACGGCUCUUGACCGUAUCAAGGAAGUCUCUAACGGUGUCAAGGAGCUUCUCGAUGCGUACUCCAUCUGCUCAGCCAUCGGUGAUGACUCUUCCUUCUCUGGUGGCUCAGGGUUAGGUAGAGGUGGUGGCAUGGACAGUAGAGAUAGACUGAAAGGAUUCGACAAGUUUCUCCACGAGACUUCUCAGAACCAGAACACGACGUCGGAUUUGGAUAAGUACUUGUCUGAGCCUAUCUUUCCACGUAGCGGUGAGUUCAAUAUUUUGAACUACUGGAAGGUUCAUACGCCGAGGUACCCUGUUCUCUCUAUGAUGGCACGUGAUAUUCUUGGGACGCCUAUGUCGAUCCUUGGGGCUGCUGAUUCAGCGUUUAACUCGGGGAGACCGGUGGUCGAUGAGAGUAAGAGUUCGUUGAACCCUGAUAUUAGGCAAGCUUUGUUCUGUGCGCAUGAUUGGUUGUCCGCAGAGGCAGAAGAAGUUCAACCGUUGUCUAGACAAUAUGCUCAAGCUAUGUGAAGACAAACAACAAGUUCAAGAUGCAGGGUGAUCAGAUUAUUGGAUGUUGCUCAUAGUUGGAGGGUGGUGAAGAUGUGAGGACAUGAAGUACAGAGGUUUAAUAUAUAGUUUGCAAUUUCUUAUUUAUGCAUUAGAAAAUAUUUAGUUUAUGAGAGACAUUGUUACAUUCUUCUUGUAACAAAAAGAAUACUCUAGUUUAAACCAAAGGGAAAAAACUAUUUAAAUCA